AUGGCUUCUCACGCCCUCGUUGAUGCGUUCGAAAGCGCCAAAAAGGAGUUCCUCUCCCGGCUUCCUAAAGGAAUACCAGCCAGCUUUGAAGAAUUCACUACAAUCAACGAGGUAUACAAGGCUGCCGAGCAAAUACAAGCAGCACAGGCCAGCACGAGAAUGAGACGAAACCUCGGCAAGAUUCAACCUUUUCUCGAGUGCUUAAGACACUAUGGGGAAGUCAUCGAGACGUUUGUCACCGUGAAACCCGAUAUACUGGCACUAAUAUGGGGCCCUAUCAAAUUCCUCCUGCUUACAUCGAUCACCUAUAACAAAAGCUUCGACAAUCUAGUCAACGUGAUGGCUCAGAUCGGUCACUCCCUCCCGGCCUUCGAAAAGUACACACAACUGUUCCGGGGCAAUAAGCCGAUUCAACAAGUGCUAUGCCUAUUCUACCAGGAUAUUUUGGAUCUGUACUCCACAUUUAUGGAGUUCUUCCGCCACACAGGAUGGAAAUCAUUCUUCGAUGCGCUAUGGCCAAAAUCAGCUGAACGUAUCAGGGUGAUCAUAGAAAACGUUAAGGAACACAAACUACUCAUGGACGAUUCAAUAACAUUGGCUCAUGUGGUUGAAGCACAUGCAGCCCGCCAAAGAGCUUUUGAGGAAUUUGAAAGGCAGCAUGAGUUUCGACAACGCCAGGACUUUGAGGCCAUCAAAUCUUCUCUCAAUCCGGUGCUUUACGACCGAGACCUGCAACGACUGAAAGCUUGUCGGGUAGUUCGGUCGGGUGACUGGUUAUUGGACCAGGAAGAACACAAAAGCUGGAUUGACCCUUCUGAUAAAAUGACAAGGCUGCUGUGGUUACAGGGGAUACCUGGAGCUGGCAAGACGUUCCUAUCUUCCUCAGUUGUUGAGCACAUUGCAGACAAGGGCGAUCCAAUGGUGUUUGCUUUCUUGGACUACCAGUCCCGAGAAAGUAUUUCUACAAUCCAAUUAUUGCACUCAUUCAUCUGGCAGAUGGCCCUUGACAAUGGCGGUUUGCAGGCACCCCUGAUCUUGGCCUACAAGCAACACUACCGCCGUCUUAAGAGCGACCUUGGCUUCGUCAAAGAACUCUUCAGCCAGUUCUUGGAUGCAGUACCAACAGCCUUCAUCGCUAUCGACGGGCUCGAUGAGAUGCUGCAAGUUGAGCGGCUUCAACUUCUACGGACAAUACUCGAAAUUCUCCAAGCGAAGACUAAUGUGAAGGUCCUUAUCAGCAGCAGACCCGAAGACGACAUUUCAAACCUGAUCUCGGAAGAAUCCAAGCCUAUUCGGGUCCAUGAUUACAACAGCCAUGAUAUUGAGGCAUACGUCAACAUUCGAGCCUCCUCCUUGGUGUCGGAUGCCAGGCUCGCUGAACCCGGCCUUGCACAGGAGAUCUCAAACCAGAUGAAAGCAAUCGCAGCAAGAUCCGAAGGAAUGUUCCUGUACGCACGGCUUGUCUGCGAUAGCAUCGUUCUACUUGGAGAUCUUGAUUUCAUUAAAGAAGCUGUGGAAAAUCUACCGGAGGGCCUCAACGAGGCAUACGACAGAAUCCUUUCCAGAAUCACAGAUGGUCUGCAAUCACGCCAACGCGACGAUGCUCGGCAGAUUCUGGCACUUAUCACUUGCUCUGUAGUGCCGCUCAGCAAGAACGAGAUUCAACUUGCCGUCUACACCGCCCACGGGAGGGAUCCAUCCAAAGGAUGCAAGGGAUUGUUCCUGAACAUACUGGACCGGUGUGGUCCAAUUAUUGAGGAAAUUGAUGGACAGUUUCGCUUCGUCCAUUUCAGUGCUCGGGAAUAUCUUCUCAGCGCCCAGAGCAACUAUUAUCUCACCGAACCUGCAGCAAAUGCGUGCGUAGCAUCAAUGUGCAUUAGCUAUUUGAGUUCUGGCUGUUUUGAUGUGGACAUCGACGACAACACAUUGGGCCUACACGUUCGAUCCGGUGCAUUUGUUCUCUUCGCCUACGUCUGCAAUCACUGGCUUCAUCAUAUCGAGAAAGUCGAAAAGCAAGAGUAUCAAAGGUUAAUGAAGGAUAUGAAUCGCCUUAUCGACGUGAGAGUCAAUCCGAGUUUCGUAGGCGAGGCUAUCGUAUCCGAGUCCCACGACGCGAGCAGGUUGCAAAAUAUGAACUCGGCUGAAGAGAAGAUCAAGCGCAUGCUUGGCAGCGCUCACUCCUUUUCAAAAAUACGUAAGAGAGAUGUUAGCUUCGACGAUGAUGAAGACUGGAAUUUCAUGGACCCAUUCACAUUCACAGAGACUGAGGCAAGAUUCCGCCACAUGCUCGAAUCCAUGCUUUGUGAGACAGCCAAGCAUCGACCUGACUGUACCUGUCAGGAACUGAAGAACAUAUACGGGAACAGUAUUUACAAGUGUGGCAGGCCGGGAUGCCCGUUGUACAGGGUCGGAUUUGACACCAUAUCCAGGAGAGUUAAGCAUAUACAGAGACACAUUCGGCCUUUCAAAUGUGAACACUCUGAAUGUGCUUUUGCCACUCUUGGGUUCGCAAAAGAGACAGAUUUGGAGGCACAUUUGGCCAAUGCUCAUAACCAAAACCUGCACGCUGUGCCCCGCAUCACGCAGGGACGGACGAAUGCAUCGAGCGAAGAAGAAUUGAAGGCCAUUCUCAUCGACGCAGUUCAAGAAAAUGAUCUGUCUAUGAUCCUAGUAGAAGAAGAUGCAGUACGGAGAUUCACAUACGACCUGCUAUUGAGCGCUUACAAGGGACGAUCAUCCGACGCUAUUAUCAAGCACUUGCUCGGUGAGCUCACGCAACAAGAUUUCUACUACGGAGAUCCCAGAUUGCUACUAUGCCCAGACAUAUUCAUGGCUUCAAUUGAUCAUGGAAAUUACGAUGUGUUUGGGCAGUCUUGCAAUCUCUUCCACGAGUGGUACCAACCUACACCCAACGGCAUCAGACGUGGCGUGCAAGUGCUGAAAGCCGUGGGCCAGACAAGACGUGCAGACCUCGUGGAGAUGGUAUCGUCUAACUUACUCGUGAUGGAUGAUUCAGUGGGUACUUUCAAGAUUUCGAAUUUCAAGACACUCCUCGUAGCAGUUAUACCCAGAAAGCCCGACACGCAGGCAGAGAUCCUGGCACUGGAGUGUUUCGAGAGGAUCCAACCUCAACUCUCAGAGCAUUCAAGUUACCUGCUCACACAACUGGGAGAACGUUGUUGUUCAAUCGCGAUCGCAGAGUUCUUCUUAGCAAACGGCGCUGCCGUCGACGGCCUUCAUGACACGAGCACUGGGUCGCAAUGUCCGAUUUAUACUGCUGCCAAACAGACUCACCGAGAGGCAGCCAAAUUCAUGGAGCUUCUGGUGAAAAAAGGCGUAUAG